CUCUACCUGUCCUACCGGCACCAAGACCCACGUGUAUGGUCGAUUUGAAGCCGAUAUCAUUUCCCACCAACAGUUAAUCUUCUGUUGUCACAUGGGAAUGCGGUGGCGGAAGAAGCGCCUCCCUGCGGUGGUGGCCAUCACUCCGUUGCGAGAGCGACAAGCAACCGCACGUAGGCAGUUUCUCCGCCUCGGGAUUUCUUCCUUCCACCUCGGUAUUCUGGCCCGAGGUUUAUCCUCACCAGGGUGGUGGCGUCGGAAGCGCUCCCCCUCGUGGCAACCAGACAUUGCAUUUGCACAGGUCGCGCGCGCUCCAAGCUCCUCGGUCGACCACCGAGGGAGGGUGAGAGCGCCCGCUGGAAAGCACUCUGAAAUAGGAAGUCUGGAUGACAAGCGCGGAGCCGUUGCAGCGCUAUCUGUCAUUUUCGCGUGCAACAGCGGCUCGGUGAGCAGUGACGGAUAGGGAAGCUCUCGUGGGUUGCAAGCGUGAGGCGUCGAAAGCGAAAUUGGACAUCUCGCGGGGAACUUUGGAAGGCUGCCGCUUCGAGUCGUGUUUGGGAAGGGGUCACAGCGUUCGCGGAAGCGGACGGAAACCUUGAAUCUUCAACGG